AUGUCUUACUUUACGAGGGCUUUCUGGAUUGACCGCUUCUUGUCGAAGCGGUACACCACGAUUGGCCACGGGGUAGACCCCACGAUAAAUGACGGGCUCUCAUACCCCAUGGGAAGCAUGCCGUCGAUGGGUGACCACGGGGUCCCAUCUCCAGAACAACCUCCCGACCCGUUUGGCAAGAGCCUCUUGGAUUUUCCUAAUACCUCACCGGCAGAUAGACCACACCAUUAUUGGACUGGCCUUGACUCUGCAACCAACAUCUGGGCACGGCGUGUUAGGGACAAUGUUACAAUUGAGCGAACCGUCUGCGCCUUUGCAAUCAUAACACUCUCAGCUUUGCUCAUCCGGGAGGUAGUGCAGCACAAAGAUUUUCAGAGUCAGGUUGGACAGUUGUGUAGUACUGGCUCAAAGAAAGCCAAUGACACAGCACAGACAGGUGUAAUUGCCUGUUGCUCACCUAAUCCGUCAUUGUUGAAUCCAUCAAACACACCGGAAGCUUGGGAGAAGGGUGCCUCCAUCUUCUGGACAGGCGGUAAGAGAGGGGUGAGGAGUGUCAGGAGGUAUAAUGUGCAUGAUAUUGAGGCUAGGAGAAGUACUAGCCACCAUACUGGCAGUAGUGGAGGAAAGAAGACAUCUAAAGCAUCCAGCACAAAGCCAAAGCCCCAAACUCACCUGGGCGGCUGUGAUUUGCACCAUGUCAGCUCUGCCCCAACAGGAGUGCAGAUUAAUGAGCAACUCUUAGAACAAUUAAGACGUUCACUGUCCACUCAAGACAUGACAGCCCGGGAUGUACCUUCAUCUGCGGACUUUGGGUCAACAGCCUACUACAGAGAUGCAUGGAACAAAGAUCCAAGGGGGGAUGAUGAGAUCUCACAGACCUAG